UAUCCUUCAUUAUUAUGCACAUAAAUGAUGCGCUCCAGAUGUGCCACGGCAUAACCAACCUAUAACUGAGCCGGAUGAAAACAACAAAACAAAAAGUGGAGAGCUCAAGUCACUGUGUCUGUUAUCUCCAUCGGCUAAACCAACCAACACACCUGUGUGUCUGACUUGUACACUACAGGCAAUGGGCAGAUGCUGCAAAUGCAACGGGAGACUGCUGUGCAUGUGCCUGCUGCCUUGCAUGAUGACCGGCCACCUUCUGAUUUAUGUCAUGGUGUCUAUAUUCGUCACCAUCUCCUACACUCCUCCAAAAAUAAUCAUCCACUAUAUUGCCCCGGGGAGUUCUCCUAACUCUUCCGUGUUGGCCUCUCAUCCUCUUGGCCCUUUCUGGAACCUCCGUCUGGAGGACAGCGCACUGUGGAACCAGCUGCAGCAUGCUUGGGACCGCCAGCACAAUCCGAUACUGCGAGGAAACAUGACAGGGACGAUGAGUACGACAAAAGUAAAGCUUUUAACAGAAAUCGAAGAUGAGUGCCUUUCCGACUGCGUGUCACGCAAGUGCACAGUCCCUCGUAUGCAUGAUUUAAACAGCUUGCCAGAACAAAUGAAGGCAUUUAUCUGGUCAAUGCACUGCAGGGAGUAUCCCCUCCUUAUCAAUCAGCCUGGUAUGUGCAGGAGGAACAAUGGCAGCUUUGGGCUGGAUUCUCCCAUGCUCAUCAUGGCCAUCAAAUCUCAAGUGGGAAACUUCGAAAACAGGCAGGCUAUCCGUGAAACGUGGGGACGCAGUGGGCUGGUGAAGGGGGAAUUCAAUAAGAAAGGCGGAUUAGUGCGCACAGUGUUUCUACUUGGAAGACAGGAUUCAAGCACAGGUCCUCACCCAGACCUCAAAAACCUCCUGGAGCUUGAGAACCAGAAAUACGGGGACAUCCUGCAGUGGGAUUUCAGAGACACUUUCUUCAACUUGACCCUAAAGGACCUGCUGUUCUGGCACUGGCUCCAGCAAUACUGCCCCACUGCUCUCUUUGUGUUCAAAGGGGAUGAUGAUGUCUUUGUUCGAACAGGUGCCCUGCUGGAUUACCUGCACAGGCAGUGGGAGGAGCACAACCUGUGGAGAGCCUAUACAAAUGAAUCUGACAUAGAUUUCAAUUUGUUUGUGGGGGAUGUAAUCAACAAUGCAAUGCCAAACCGUGAGCCAUCCACUAAGUACUACAUACCAGAACGUUUCUACAAAGGUGGCUACCCACCGUACGCUGGUGGAGGAGGGGUGGUGUAUUCCGGUUCACUUGCAUUACGGUUGAAAGAGGUGUCUGAGAGGGUGCGCCUCUUCCCAAUAGAUGAUGUGUAUCUGGGCAUGUGCCUGCACAGACUCGGGCUCUCUCCCAGCCACCACCCAGGUUUUUUAACAUUUGAUCUCCCAGGGACAGACAGGGGCAAUCCCUGUUCUUACAAGUCUGUCCUGCUCGUUCAUAGACGGAGUCCUAAAGAGAUGCUGACACUAUGGAAGCAGCUCCAGAAUCUGCCAGGUCAAUGCUGAGGCUCAUUUGCCAACCAAAUAGGAUUCGUGGAGUACCACCACACUAAUUUGGAAAACGUGUAUCUUCGUGACUGUAUCUUCAUGUUAAGCUGGCGGGACCCUGUGACGGUCACAUGUAAUGCACUGUACCUCUUCUCCAAAGCUUCAAAGAGUGACGUAACACUGAGGAGGAGACUGAUCUACCUCAAAGGCUGCUGUUAUUAUGAGGGCAUUACACCGUAAGGGCGCGUACAUGGUACUUUUUAAAACUGAUACAGGUAUGUAUUUGUACCCUUUCAAUGUAAAAGUUUUAUUUUACUACCUUUGAAAGAAAUUAUGAUAUUGUGCAUGCUGUUUCAAAACGAUUGAAAAGAUUAGUCUAGGCAUGUUUGUGAGACGUUCACUGGUGAAUGUUCAUUUCUGUUCUCGCUUCUUUAAAUCAUGUUUUUUUUUUAAGUCAGCAGAUCAGACUAAGAAUACAUAUUUAAAUUUCUCACAAUUUUUAAAUGCAACUGAUCUUGAUGAAACUGAUUUUUAACUUAAAUAAUGAUGAUUAUUCCUAGCAAUGCUUGACUUUUACAGUGGUUAGCUAAGGAGGGUGCAGUGUA